ACGAUGAAUUUCCUCCGGCGGCGUCUCUCAGACAGUAGCUUUGUGGCAAAUUUGCCCAAUGGCUACAUGACGGACUUGCAGCGCCCUGACAACUCCACGAGCUCCCCAGCUUCUCCUGCCAUGGAGAGAAAGCAUCUGCAGCCACUGCAGCCCUCACACUCCUCCUCUACUGGCUCCAGCAUCUUCAGCUCCAUCUCCAGUGCCAUGAAGCAAACCACGCAAGCAGCUGCAGGACUAAUUGACCACUCGGCCAGCCCCACACCACCUGUGGCCCAGAAACCCAAGAUCCUCCUGGUGAUUGAUGAUGCACACACAGACUGGGUCAAAUAUUUCCAGGGGAAGAAGGUGAAUGGAGAAUUUGAUAUCCGAGUAGAACAGGCUGAGUUCUCCGAGCUGAACCUGGCUGCCUAUGUCACAGGCGGCUGCAUGGUGGACAUGCAGGUGGUGAGGAAUGGCACCAAGGUGGUAAGGUCCUUCAAGCCUGACUUUGUCCUGAUCCGGCAGCACGCCUACAGCAUGGCGCUGGGAGAGGAUUUCCGUAGCCUCAUCAUUGGCCUCCAGUAUGGUGGCAUCCACACGGUCAACUCCCUCUACUCCAUCUACAACUUCUGCAGCAAGCCCUGGGUGUUCUCUCAGCUGAUUAAAAUCUUCAACUCGCUGGGUCCUGAGAAGUUCCCCCUCGUGGAGCAAACAUUCUUCCCAAGCCAUAAGCAGAUGCUCACAACUCUGAAUUUCCCUAUAGUGGUCAAGCUGGGACAUGCUCAUGCUGGAAUGGGUAAGGUCAAAGUUGAGAACCAGCACGACUUCCGGGACAUGGCCAGCAUAGUAGCCAUGGCAAAAACCUACGCCACCGCUGAGCCCUUCAUUGACUCCAAGUACGACAUCCGAAUCCAGAAAAUUGGCAGCAACUACAAGGCUUACAUGAGGACGUCCAUCUCUGGAAACUGGAAGGCAAACACAGGUUCUGCGAUGCUAGAACAGAUUGCAAUGACAGAGAGGUACAGACUCUGGGCAGACGCCUGCGCAGAAAUGUUUGGAGGUCUUGACAUCUGCGCUGUCAAAGCUGUCCACAGCAAAGAUGGAAAAGACUAUAUCAUUGAGGUGAUGGACAGCUCGAUGCCCCUGAUUGGGGAGCAUGUGGAAGAGGACAGACAACUGAUAGCUGAUCUGGUUGUUUCCAAAAUGACUCAGCUUGCCAGCACUGCAGGAUCCACACCGUCACCACUGAGGCCUUGGCCUCCACAAGCUCAGCCUGCGUCAAUUAAAUCUCAGACUGGACCUCAGCUUGGACAACUGUCCCAGCCACGGCCUCCUCCCCAAGGUGGACCACGCCAGCCUCAGGGACCUCAGCCACCUCGGACAAACGCACCCCCGCAACAACGGCUCUCACCCCAAGGACAGCAGCCCCAGAGUCCGCAGUCCACUUCACCUCAGCAGCAAAGGUCACCUGGAUCUCCACAGCAAGUCCGAUCGGCAACUGGGUCCUCUCCAGUGCAGGCUUCCAAGGGAGGCGUGUUCCCUCCACAGCAGCCGAGACCUCCUGCUCAAGGCCGAGCUCCUAGCCAGCCAAGCCCCACUGAAACAUCCAAGCAGCAAGCCACCCCACACCCACAUCUCAACAAAUCGCAGUCCCUGACAAACACCUUCAGCAUAUCUGACUCGUCUCAGCGGGGAAAUCCCAAUGAAGAUGAAGCAAAAGCUGAGACCAUCCGCAACCUGAGGAAAUCAUUCGCUAGCCUGUUUUCCGAUUAACAGCCCUGCAGCUGGAUCUGUGCUUUUGCCAGCCCUCACUCUUCAUCACAGCGCACCUGAUGUCAUCCUGGAAUACCCUCAGUGGUACCCA